GCGCACAAAGUCGUCCAUCUCUUUCCUCUCUCUCGCUCGUGUUGGAGUUCUAACGAUGGGGAUCAGCGGGUGGCGCCGUGGGCGGAUCAUUGGCCGGGGGACCUCCGCUACCGUCUCGCUCGCCACUUCGGUGCCCUCGGGGGAGGUCUUCGCGGUCAAGUCGUCGGAGCUCUCUCGCUCUUGGCUCCUGCAGAGGGAGCAGAGGAUCCUCUCUGCGCUGGAUUCGCCGUUCGUCGUCUCUUAUUUUGGUUUCGACGUCGCCGCCCAGACGCCCGGAGCCGGUCUCUGCUAUAAUCUUUUCAUGGAGUACGCUCCCCGGGGCUCGCUGUCCGACGAGAUCAGGAAGCAGGGCGGUCGGCUUGACGAGCUCGCCAUCCGAUCCUACGCAUGCGACAUCCUCGGCGGGCUGGCUUACUUGCACUCCAACGGCGUCGUCCAUUGCGAUCUGAAGAGCCAGAACGUCUUGAUCUGCUCCGGUGGGCGGGCCAAGGUUGCGGACUUUGGGUGCGCGCGGAGCGCAGAGGAGGAGGACGAGGACGAGAGGGGAUGGAUGAGGGGCACGCCGAUGUUCAUGGCGCCGGAGGUCGCGCGGGGGGAAGAGCAGAGCGCGCCAGCUGAUAUCUGGGCCCUGGGAUGCACCGUCAUCGAGAUGGCCACCGGACGACCCCCAUGGCCGCUCGUCUCGGACGCCCUUAGCGCUCUCCACCAGAUCGCCUUCUCCACCGACGUGCCUGAGUUCCCGCGAUGGAUCUCCGAGGAGGGAAGGGACUUCUUGAGCAGGUGCUUGAGGAGGGAUCCUCUGGAGCGGUGGACGGCGGAGCAGCUGCUCCAACACCCGUUCGUUGCCGCGUCUCGUGUCGCCAAUCCUCCAUCGAAAUCCGACUGGAUUUCUCCUAAAAGCACUCUCGAUCAGGCUUUCUUGCAGUCCCUCUCCGACGACGACGACGACGGCCAGGUGCUGGACCAAACAGAGGAGGACCCAUUCGAGAGGAUGCAGAGCCUAAUCGGAGACGCUGCUCCCAACUGGACGUGGGAUGAGAACUGGGUGACGGUGAGAAGUAAUGGUGGCUUUCCGGUGACCGAAUCCAUCACCGAAGACGGGAGACCAACAAAUCCAAUCACGGAUAGCAGCGAACAGCUCAUGCUCAGCACGAACCCCAUGGCGACAGGGCAUGUCCGUGACAACAGUUCAAGCGACCAUAACUUAUCUGAAACAAGUGUAGUUCCAAUAGCAGAGGGACUCAUCCUCACAUGUAAAACAGAGACUUGUAACUUCGAGAAUGCCAACUUUUACUCGAUGAACAAGAAGGAACGCACUCAAGCUCCUUUUGGCCAUCAUACUCCGAUCUUUCCGUCUACGAUGUCCAAUUCUUAUCUUUGGAUUAAUGCGCCGCUACAGCUCCUCAGUCACUAGAAAACAAAAACUGGUUACCACGCAUAGAACGGCGAUCACGUUGACAGUAGGAAUAGUCGGCUGGGAGAAACAGCGGUGGAUAUUACAAAUCUGUCAGUGUCACAGCGCAGCAGACUACAGAAGAAGAUGGCGUUGAGCAAUCCAAGUUACACAGUCUGGCCUUGCUUUCAAUGCACGGCGCUCGGCACAUGAUUCGUGCCAAUCUGUUGAGCUCCGAAUCUAAUAGACCACCGCAGAACAUUACAUUAUAUUAUGACCGCCGGUCGUUGGCUGACGUUUGAUGACGUGGAACUCGUUCGUCAUCGCAGCAAGGUUACGGUGACCAGAUGUCGUCAGCGAUCUGCGCACCAACUUAGCAGUAGUACUUAAAGACUAGU